AUGGAGGUGACUGUGGUCCUGAGCCUCAUAGAGAGGGAAAGUGAGGUGAACACCAGCAUUCGUCUCUGUCCGCUUCUUGACGGCAGAUGCAGUGUGGCAGCCAGCUGCCUCAAGCUCCUCAUCCUGAGCUUUCCCUGCCACCAUGGACUGUACCCUCAAACUAAGGAGGGGAUGGGGGUCACUGGACUCUGUUUCCAACCGCUUCCCCCAGUUACCUGUGAUUCUGCCCUAAUUGCCCUUGGCCUUGUCUCUGCAGAGCUGCUGGAGUUAAAGGAAGGGGACCGCAUCCCUCCAGCUGCUGGGGAGUCAUCACCCAUGUGCAGUGCACAUCUUCCGUGCAGGUUGCUCUGGGCUCACUCUCAACCCUGCCCUGUAGCCCUUCACCUAUUCUCUGGUUCCGAUCUCCACGAACAGCAACAUCAUCCAUUCAGUUCUAGGAUCCAGAAACCUGGCCCAAGCCACUACUGUACCAUAGCCACCCAACAAAACCAGAUCCUUGCCUGGCAGCUGUUAGAGAACCCAGACUCCUCCGUCUCCACCCCAGGUGCUGUGAAUGGUGCACUGUCAGCGAUCAAUGGGAGUGGCUGCCAUCUGUGGGAAAUUCAUGUUGGAAAUUGA